GCAUAUAUCGUUGAUCUGGCAGCCUUGCCAAAACAAGCGUGCAAGAAUUUUACCUGCAAAGGAAUUAGGCUUCUAAAAGACCUGUAAAAAUGAGCGAAAGUGAAGCGGAGGAGACCAAAAUCAGCACUGAGCCGGUGGACAAUGCGUGGGCCAUGAAAAUCCCGACAUUCAAGCAGGAGGACAACCCGCACGGGGUGGUGGAGGAGAGCUCCUUUGCCACGCUGUUUCCAAAAUAUCGGGAGCGCUAUCUGAAGGAGGUUUGGCCUCUGGUAGAGCAGUGCCUGUCGGAGCACCACCUGAAGGCGGAGCUGGAUCUUAUGGAGGGCAGCAUGGUGGUGAAGACCAGUCGCAAGACCUGGGAUCCCUACAUCAUCAUCAAGGCGAGGGAUAUGAUCAAGCUGAUGGCCAGAAGUGUUCCCUUCGAGCAGGCCAAGCGGGUCUUGCAGGACGACAUUGGGUGUGACAUCAUCAAAAUUGGGAACCUAGUGCACAAGAAGGAAAAGUUUGUGAAGCGGCGACAGCGCUUAAUAGGACCCAACGGAGCCACCCUCAAGUCCAUUGAACUGCUGACCGAUUGCUAUGUUUUGGUCCAAGGAAACACAGUCUCUGCCCUGGGUCCCUACAAGGGCCUUCAGCAGGUGCGGGACAUUGUCCUGGAGACCAUGAACAACGUGCACCCUAUAUACAACAUUAAGGCUCUGAUGAUCAAGCGGGAGCUGAUGAAGGAUCCCCGCCUGGCCAACGAGGACUGGUCCCGGUUCCUGCCCAAGUUCAAAAACAAAAACAUUAGCAAACGCAAGCAGCCAAAGGUCAAAAAGCAGAAGAAGGAGUACACCCCAUUCCCGCCCAGCCAGCCGGAGAGCAAGGUGGACAAGCAGUUGGCCAGCGGCGAGUACUUCCUCAAUCAGGAGCAGAAGCAAGCAAAGCGGAACCAGGAGCGCACCGAGAAGCAGAAGGAGGCGGCCAAGCGCCAGGACGAACGCCGCAACAAGGACUUUGUCCCGCCCACGGAGGAGUCGGCUGCUUCAAGUCGGAAGAAGGAGGACGGCUCCUCCAGCAAGGUGGACGUGAAGGCCCUGAAGGCCAAGCUGAUCAAGGCCAACAAGAAGGCAAAGAGCAGCUGAUAGUUUUCAUAGUUUUAAUUAUUCAUAGGCUUAUUCAAUAAAAAUUAUUUUCUGAGCAAAGUGCAAAUGAA